CGGCGCUGCGCUGGCCGCGUGUGGCUGCUACUGAUGAGACAAGUCGCAGCUUCACAAACCUCCCAGCAGACAUCCUGCUGCUCCACGCGACUUUACAGCUAUGUGUGACUAAUAAACACAGUCUUCAGCUGCUCGUGCGAAUUAGAUCUCUCCUUGGGUCUUUAUUAAUUUUCUGCAGAAGUGGAAAACAAAAGGAGUGACUUGAGAGAUGAAGAAAAGAUGCGCCCGUCUGAAGCAUGGCGCUUAAACUGAGGAACACCUGACAGAAGUCCGUCCGUUUUUGUUGUGGGGAACUGGGAAGUUCAAGACGCGCGCCUGAACGCUGGGAUGUUGUGAAAGACGCGUCGGGACAGAAGGAGCGGGGACGCAAAAAGAGGAAGAGGGGGGACCAUCACCGGAGGGAUUAUGGCUCUCGUUGCGCUCUCCCUCAGCCUCGUCACGCUGGCGCUUUUAAACUUGCACCUUUCCAGAGCCAGCAACCGUCAUGCGGUGUACUGGAACAGCUCAAACCUACAGCUCCGGAGGGAAGGGUACACGGUGCAGGUCAGCGUCAACGACUACCUGGACAUCUACUGCCCGCACUACAACACCAGCCAGGGCGGGACUCUGGAGCGGGUGGUGGCCGAGCAGUACAUCCUCUACAUGGUCAACUACCGCGGCUACUACACCUGCGACCCUCAGCAGGGCUUCAAACGCUGGGAGUGCAACCGGCCCCGCCCGCCCCACGCGCCCAUCAAGUUUUCUGAGAAGUUCCAGCGUUACAGCGCCUUCUCGCUGGGCUACGAGUUCAACGUGGGCCAGGAGUACUACUACAUCUCCACACCCAUCCGCCACCACGGCCACAGCUGCCUGAGACUGAGGGUCUUCGUCUGCUGCUCCACUGCCUCCCAGGCAGAUGACGACUCCAGUCAGACUCCUCCCGACUACACAGUCAGGCCAAACAUCAAGAUACACAACAUCGAUGAAUUUAAUCCUGAAGUUCCCAAACUGGAGAAAAGCGUCAGCGGCAGCAGCCCAUCGCACGACCGCCUUCUGCUCACUGUGGCCAUGCUGCUUGUCUCCGCCGUCCUGUUGUCCUAGCGACCGGUGCAGCGUGGCACGUUGUACACGGUUGGACCGCCUUGUCCAAAGGGCUUUGUUUCCACCAAGCCGUCUACGAUGUGAGAGAGACAGGGCAACAGAUCCAAGUCAAGGACAAAUACCAAGAUGGGGACAAAAAUUUUAAUUCAACAAAGAAACGAGGCCUUUUCGCUGUUGCAUCGACACGUGUGUGAUUUUAUUGUUGUUGGACUUUUAUCACAACCUUCCACACAGGUGUGGUGACCAUAUGGAGAUCACAGCCAACGAUCAUUCUGGGAAUUUCAAAAUGGGACAAAACUUUUUUUGUAGCAUGGAUAGAAACAGAAACCACCUGAGAAAGUUUAGACGAGCUUUGAGGACAAACUAUGAACAACAAAGGCCUUGGACCCAGUAUGGUGGCACAGACGGACUCUAGAACUGGUUACGUUUGCAUAAUGAAGGAAAAAUGAGAGCUGUUGCCAUUGUCCUGGACGUCUUUGAAUGUUUUCACACCUGUGUGUGCUAGCUGCUGGUGAUAAAAGCCCAAGAAAGGGGGUAAGAGUUUGUAUCCACGGGCCUUUCAAUAAUCCAUUUUCCCCAGACGUCAGAAAUCACCCUGGCUUUGUGAUAGCUACAGAUGCAAAGCCUGCUUCUCUUAGAAGGCAGUGAGUGCCCUCUCAGAACUAGUCUUUUGUCUGCAUUUCCUGCCUUCACAUUGUAACAACCUGAGAAAAAUACAGACCCCGGACUAGUAAUUUGACGGCACUUAGACACAGUAGAUGCCGUAGAGGUGGUGUUUUGUUCCAGUGCAUUUACCUUCGUAGACUUUUCCAGAUGUCAAAACUCCAAAAAAGAAAGAAGAAGAAAAAAAAAUAUCACCUCCUCACAGCAAUCAGCACAGUCACUCAGAAACGCCUCGAAUUUGCAAUUGUUAACCCCCCCACCCCCCCCAUCAGCUACAAGUCCCCCUUUUUAAACCAUGUCUGUUCCCUUUUUCCACUUCAGAGGCGCACAGCCAAUCAGGGCUGACGGCCAUUACUGCAGUCACAGUUACCACGGAAACAACCCCAUACAGUCGCCAAAGUGCGGCAGGUGCCUGAGGAGAAAUUGUGCUUUGAGUCUCAAAGUAACGCUGCCGCCAUUUUAUUAAAAAUAAAAAAAAAUACAAACAUGUGUGAAUGUGCAAAUGAUAAGAGGUUCACUUUUUAUACUGUAACACAAAACAGUAGGCAAGCGGUAAUUAAACUACGACGUUAUGCUUUUUUAAUUAAUUUAUUUACUUUUCAACAUUAAAAUCUCUUAUUUAUUGACCUUAUUUAUUAAUGUGCAUUUGUAGGCCUUUGCUCUAUAAGCUAUUGUGCCAUUUUUUAUCAUUAUUUUUUGAAACCGUGAGAUUUUUACUGCAGCAUUUUGCUCGUGUAGACAAAUAGAUGUACUCCAGCCUGUCACGAAUGGAUGGUUGUUGGUUCUGAGCAGCCAGUAGACACGUGCACUCGGUAACCCCAGCGUCAUGUUAACGAUUCUGCUAAUGUUGCUGAAAAGCAUGUCGGAAACCAACAGUGGAUGCACAGGUGGAGCUGGUGCAAAUGAGAUUUGCGUUGUAAUGUUAAAUCUAAAGUCCUAGCUGGUGUGUGUGCACAAGUGUGAGCGAGUCUGUGAGUGGAUGAAAAGGAGAGCUUGUUUGUACGUAUGUGUGUGGAAAGUGUUUGUCCGCGCUUUUUCAAGUACGUGGCAUUUAGAGAAUUUUGUACUCGUCAUGGAGUCAUUUGUAGGAUCUGAAUAUGCAAGUGCGUACGUGAGAAUGUGCUCUUCUGUCAUGUUUGUGUUAAAGCUGGGAUCUGAGGAGCGGAAUAAAAGCAUUUACCGACAUUUAAGAGAACCACACAAUGUGCUUACCUUUGACGUGAAUGAAUAAACUGUAAAUUAAACCAAGAAUGAUUAAAAUGAUGCCAAUUAAAAUCUUUUUUCUAAUUUG